UGUGCCUCCUGCGAGGGGCCGGGGUCGGGGCUGCCGGGGCCAUGCGCGCGGGCUGGGCAGGGGGCCGCCGGGGCUCAGAGCGAAGCCGCCUCCGAGCCUGAGCCGCCCGGGGCCGGGGCCGGGGCCGGGGAGCCGCGCGGGGCCGGCCGGCCGGGGGGAGGGGAGCGAUGCGGCGCCGGCGGGCGGCGGUGGCCGCGGGUUUCUGCGCCUCCUUCCUGCUGGGCUCGGUUCUCAACGUGCUCUUCGCACCGGGCUCGGAGCCUCCGCGGCCAGGCCAGUCCCCCGGGCCCUCGCCGGCCCCGGGCCCGGGACGUCGCGGGGGCCGUGGAGAGCUAGCCCGGCAGAUCCGGGCGCGCUACGAGGAGGUGCAGCGCUAUUCCCGCGGGGGUCCUGGGCCCGGGGCUGGCCGGCCCGAACGGCGGCGCCUGAUGGACCUGGCUCCGGGCGGGCUGGGCCUGCAGCGUCCCCGGCCCCCACGGGCCCGGCCCCUGCCCGACGGCGCCCCGGGCUGGCCCCCGGCUCCCGGCCCGGGCCCUCGCCUGGGCUGCGCCGCGCUCCGCAACGUGUCUGGCGCGCAGUACGUGGGCUCGGGCUACACUAAGGCAGUGUACCGGGUCCGCCUGCCCGGAGGGGCCGCGGUGGCGCUCAAAGCGGUGGACUUCAGCGGCCACGAUCUGGGCAGCUGUGUGCGCGAGUUCGGGGCGCGGAGGGGCUGCUAUCGGCUGGCGGCCCACAAACUGCUCAAGGAGAUGGUGCUGCUGGAGCGGCUGCGGCACCCCAACGUGCUGCAGCUCUACGGCUACUGCUACCAGGACAGCGAGGACAUCCCGGACACCCUGACUACCAUCACGGAGCUGGGCGCCCCUGUGGAGAUGAUCCAGCUGCUGCAGACUUCCUGGGAGGAUCGAUUCCGAAUCUGCCUCAGCCUGGGCCGCCUGCUUCACCACCUGGCCCAUUCUCCACUGGGCUCAGUCACCCUGCUGGACUUCCGCCCUCGGCAGUUCGUGCUGGUGGAUGGAGAGCUGAAGGUGACAGACCUGGAUGAUGCCCGUGUGGAGGAGACACCAUGUGCAAGCAGUGCUGACUGCAUACUGGAGUUUCCAGCCAGGAACUUCACCCUGCCCUGCUCGGCCCAGGGCUGGUGUGAUGGCAUGAAUGAGAAGCGGAACCUCUACAAUGCCUACAGGUUUUUCUUCACAUACCUCCUGCCCCACAGUGCCCCACCCUCACUACGGCCUCUGCUGGACAUCAUCGUCAAUGCCACAGGAGAGCUCACCUGGGGAGUGGACGAGACCCUGGCCCAGCUAGAGAUGGUGCUGAAUCUGUACCGGAGCGGCCAGUAUCUGCAGAACUCCACCACAAGCAGUAGCGCUGAGUACCAGCGCAUCCCAGACAGCACCAUUCCACAGGAGGACUACCGGUGCUGGCCAUCCUACCACCAUGGCAGCUGCCUCCUGUCUGUAUUCAACCUGGCAGAGGCCGUGGAUGUCUGUGAGAGCCAUGCCCAGUGCCAUGCCUUUGUGGUCACUAACCAGACCACCUGGACAGGUCGGAAGCUGGUCUUUUUCAAGACUGGAUGGAACCAAGUAGUCCCCGAUCCCAACAGGACCACAUAUGUAAGGGCCGCUGGCUGACCUGUCUGAGGGCUCAGCUGACUAUCCUCACCAGCUGGGCUUGCCUAUGGAGGAAGUGACUUGCACUAGCAGAGCUGCAUGUCACCUGGUAACCUCUGCAGACAAGACUGACAUCCCAGACAGACCGAUGUGACCAGGACAAACGUGCAAUAAUGCAAAAUGUUAAAAUGUGAGUUGACAAGGCUAAGUCUGAGACUGCUGGUUCCCAGACCAGGAAUCACUGGUUGGGGAGCGACUGCCGCUCCAGCGCUCAGGGCUGCGAGCAAGGCUCAGGCUGGUCUGCACUGGGACAGCUCCGUGGGCAGCCCCAUCACUGUGUUCAUAGUGUGAGAAUGUAGCCAAAGCCCUUGCUGCUGCUGCCGCCGCUGCCACCAUUGCUGCACAUGCCAAGGCAGGCGGGGGCUGCGUGGGGACAAUCGGUCACAGAGCUUAGCUCCAGAGAGGAAACUUGGUGGUGGGUGGGCAUGCUCCAGGAUGUGGGUGAUCCUAUACCGACAGGGCGCGCUCCCAGGCCAGCCCAGGGGUCAGGGGCAGAGGUGCACACAUCAAUAUGAGCCAAGACUAGGGUGGAGGAGCAGGUUGCGGUUUGAGCCAGGACCUGGAGUGGGGGUGGGACCAGGACCUUUCUGCCUCAUUUGCUUUCAGUGAAAGCCUCAAGCAACCACACCAGGCACCCCCCUCCUGGAGUUUGCAUAUCCAGAAGCUUUUGUACUUCUUGUUUGUUAAAUUGUUUAUUUUUGUAAAAAAAAAAAAUAUAUAUAUCGGUUAAUAAAAUGCUUCACGGCAAAAACUCUUCUCAA